CAUUAUAACCGAACAUCUAUUCUUUCUGACAGACAUGGCAAUCAUUUAUGAUCUUCGGCUGAUGUCUCUGGCCCUGCUGAUGCUGGCGUCUCAGCUGAACUCUGGCAGUGCUGCUGUAGUGGUGUAUGGUUUACGAGCCAAUGACCUCACUGGUGAUCCUCUUGGAAACAAACCCGAUCCAUACGUCAAGAUAUGGUGCGGUGGCGCUUAUCAGGAGACAAACCAUUUCCAGGGCAACUCUGAUCCUACGUGGGAUCAAACGUACCCCUUCUCAAGCUGUACAUCUGAGGACAAUCUACAGCUGGAGGUGUGGGACAAAGACGUGAAGUAUGACGAUCGCUUGGGCUCCUAUAGUGGAACGGUGGGAACCGGAUCUAAAAACAGUCAUUUUUCUGUGGGCAAAGGAAAGAUGUAUUACAGCUACGAUGUGAACUAAAUCUGUUCCAAAUCAGCACUUUGUAAAGCUGCUUUGAGACAAACCUCCUUUGUAAGAAGCUCAAUAAUAAUACAGCAUGAUUUAAACACUC